GUCCUUUGGAGGGUCCACGGCGUCAUUAACCAGCCCGUCACUUUAGCUAACGCCCCCCAGUCUAACAAUUUGUCUGCGCAAAGGUCUCGCCCUUGCUCGCUCAGAUUGAUAUUUGCUCCGGUUACUUUUUUUUACCAUUGCCCGCGCCAUUCCCAUCUACACUGAGGUGUUCUUCAAUCCCGACUUGCCUCUGGCAGACAUCGUAUCCUUCACACUCCCUCCUAGACGACCGUUCCACCUGCUCGUUGACGGUCUCAUCAAACAGCGAAAGAACAUCUGCAAUCGUGGCGACGUCAGCCAAAUUCCCGGCGGUUCUGACCGCGGAGAAUAUGACUGCGUCGAGCAGUCCGGAUGCCGUGCCUGGUGAGGAAUUUGAUUACGAAGCUCUACCACCCAACUAUGGCCUCAGCCAUAACAUGCUUGCCGGUGCCUUCGCUGGAAUUGCGGAGCACACGGUGAUGUAUCCGGUCGAUUUGAUGAAGACACGGAUGCAGAUCAUAAAUCCCUCGGCCGGCGGUUUAUAUACAGGACUCUCUCACGCUGUUUCUACGAUAUAUCGGCUCGAAGGCUUACGGACACUAUGGAGAGGCGUAACAAGUGUCAUUGUCGGAGCAGGUCCUGCUCAUGCAGUCUAUUUCGGCACCUACGAAGUAGUCAAAGAGAUGGCCGGAGGAAAUCGAGCAGAUGGAAAACAUCAUCCUGCUGCUGCAGCUCUGAGCGGAGCUUGUGCUACGAUCGCCAGUGACGCUCUGAUGAACCCUUUUGAUGUGAUCAAACAGCGAAUGCAGGUGCAUGGGUCAUCGUAUCGAUCAAUAAUGCAGUGCGCCCGCUCAGUCUUUCGUGCGGAAGGUCUUUCAGCGUUCUACAUAUCGUACCCUACGACACUAUGUAUGACGGUGCCAUUCACGGCGACGCAAUUUAUGGCAUAUGAGUCGCUGUCGAAAAUUAUGAACCCACGGAAAGAAUACGACCCUAUUACCCACUGCGUUGCUGGUGGGUUAGCCGGCGCUUUUGCGGCCGGCAUCACUACCCCCCUCGAUGUGAUCAAGACACUGCUACAAACACGAGGCCUCAGCCAACAGGCCGAAAUCCGGAAUGUACGCGGCAUUUUCAAUGCUGCUGGCAUCAUUAAGAAGGAGUUUGGCUGGAGCGGUUUCAUGAGGGGUUGGCGGCCGCGAAUUAUCAGCACCAUGCCAAGCACCGCAAUAUGCUGGUCAUCAUACGAGAUGGCAAAGGCAUAUUUCAAAAGAACACUACGACAGGAACAUGAGGCACAUAUUAGCAACCUGUGAAGCACUCCUUUUUGAUGAUUCGUUUCUCAGAGGCGAAAUCUUGGUGGCCCUAAAACGGCGUGGAAUCUCCGGUUUCGGAGCGCUCUAUCAUCACCACUAUGAAGAUACCCGACUCGGUGCGAGGGGGGAUGGCAAUCAGCACUGAUUCUGUUUUCGAGCAUGGCCUGGUUGAUGCUUUUCUUCGGCGGAGCAUAACAGGUUACAAAGUCUCGGUAGGCCAUUUUUGCAUGCGAGAGGCGUUACCACGGGAAAGAGGGAAAAGAGUCGCAGAUAUGAUGCAUGUCUUGUCAGACAGCUCAUCUGUAUGAGCUUGGAUAAUCACUGUAUAUUUAUCGAAAAAAACAUUCGACGGUCGGUAACGUCUUCAGCUUUGUUCACCAUGUAGACGAGCUGAACAGCAAUGAGAAAUACCAUUGCGAUGCA